AUGGGCAAAUCAGGACAACAAGACGGUGAAGGCCAACAGCCUAUCACACCCACACCAGAGGAGUUACAGGAAUUGUAUAACCUACGGGCCCAGAAGGCAAAUCAAAUAAAGCUUAAACAGUCACGGCCCAAGAAGAUCUUCAAAUUCGCUAUGCUUUUAUCGACAGUCAACAUCCCUACGCUUAAGGGAGCAUCCAAUUGGGACCGCUGA